GACUGUCGUCAUCUUUCUCGUGUAAUCAUAAGCAAGUUCUUCGUACUGGUUGCUGCUCUAUCGUAGUGUCGAAGUAUUCACUAUUUACAUCUCUGGGCUCCCCGUUGUAGAGCUACUGCAUUGAAAAAAGGCGCUUCUCCUUCUUCUGUCUUUCGUAAGUGGUUUUUCUUUUUACAUUAUCAGCUUUGAGUAUUGACGAGUAUAAAUAUAGUGCGUUUUUUUGUACAUGGUGAAGUAGUAGUAGUAGAAGGCAUACCGAGGAUAGACGAACUCAGAAGGGAAGAGAAUGGUAGACAGCGUGUGCGCCGUGUUUGGCGGCUAGGCAUUCGAAGAGGCGCGCUGAGGGUGCGCCGGUGUGCUUCUGAGGUGGUAGCCGUUUCUUUCGGAUACUUGGGCGGCAUCCAUGUGACGCGCACGGACCCGAGAGGGCAGGCUAAAGGCCGAGCUUGUUUCGGCCUGUCCUCUGGUUCGGUGGCCUCGGGUGCUUGGGUAUGAAUUGUCCCGCAGGUAUCGAAGAGGGGAAAGUGAAGCGCCCCGGUGCGUGAGAUUGUGUGCUUAGAUGCUCCGCCUCGCUAGGAUACGUAAACGGACGAGACGGGGGCGAAGGCUUGCGCUGAACUUGCCUGGUCUAGCCACUCUGCCCAUCCUCACUACGCGGCGGGCUCGCGGCGUGUGUGUGUCAUGCUCAUGGCUUUGGGCUCACUACCACUAGUCUUGUUCAAUCACCUUGAAGGGCUUCCUCCCUAGGAGAACUGGCCACUGCAAUUGGCUGAGGCUUUCUGCGGGGUGAGGUGGCUUUAAUUCUGCUUGUCAGUGUCAUUAUCGUGCGAUAUUGGGGGGCCUUUCUCUGGUGACAAAGUAAAUGGCCCCAGCCGGGCCGCCUGGAUACCGGGUCGGCAGGGGUGGCUGGGGUCACUUCAUCUUGCAGGACAGGCUGUCUGUGCCAGGUGAUCGCGCUGCUUGUUCUUUCUUCUUCUUGUCAGAUUAUCUUGGCACGAAAUAAGGCUGCCCAGGUAUCGUCUUCAGGUGGCAGAGUGCCCGGCUACUUUGAUGGCUUUGCACCUUGUCGCUGCUCACGAUGCCGCAACAGUGGUCGACUAUCGUUGUUCGGAAAGCUGGCCCUUUACUCUUCAUGGCUGUCGGACUUGAGUGCUGGUUGCAUUAGUUGCUUUGCCUCAUCUUUUUCAGCGAAAGCUGCCCAGCUGCAUCGCGAGGCAACUUCAGGCGCCGCGGUGAGUUGUUAUUUAUCUCUUCAUGAUCGUCGGGCCUUUUUUCACACAGUGCCACUCUUUAGCGGAGGAAGCUGCCCAGGCGUUCUCAGGUAGCACCUGCGAGGGCAGCUCUCUCGGCUUCAGAUCCAGCGGCAGCUUCUCGGGGUGAUCGAGCGCAUGUCUUUUCUUCAAUUGGAAAAUUGGCAUGCAGGCGCAGGCUGUGUGUGAGUAUUCUGAGGCGGCAGAGUAACUCCUUACUCUUAAGGUUAGGACUAGUUAAGGCCCUUCCAUGUUGUUAACAAGUCUUCCUUUUCGCAUGACGUCGAAGCAAGUCAAGCUGGUCCGUCGGAAGCAGCUCAGGCAUUCUCAUGCGAAAGAGUGGGCUUCCUUCAUUUGUUUGCGCAUGGUGUGGCCAGGGUAUUUGCUGACUUCGUUGGUAUCUAUUUCGUACUGAGAGGGAAGGGGUGCGCGUUAGAAUGGGGAGUGUGCGUGUGGCGCUGGCGUAUCAGCUGCAGCCAUUCUCUUCUCUUUUGGAUUUCGAAUACAUAGGUAGACGCAUGGCAAGAGAAGCCAGAAGUGCAUACAUGAAUUGGCGUUGGCUAUCAUUGCGUCGGCCUUGUUGUGUUUUAUUCUAUCUUUUCAGUAUCAAAAUCAAUAUCGAUAGGCUCUUCACUGGAUGGGUAGAGAGUGUCUUGGGUAUUGGCUGUCUGUGUUUCCUUGCAGAGCGUAGAGCAAGAGCCUUGCUCCUGCAUUUUGUAGCAUGAAAUAAUCAUGAAUUUGAAGGGUCACGCGUGUUUUAUGUUAUAGAAAUACUUCGUGGUAGUUGAGUAUUACAAUUGGCGAGCCGAUAGCUUUUGAGAACCUGCCCCUAUAAUUUGUCUAGAAAAUGAUUAGAUUUUGCCGAAGCUCCUCCCACUGGGAGCAGAAAUCAAUAGACUGAAAAGCUUUCAGUUUUUCUAGUGUAAAACGAUCAACAAACUGAAAAGCGACGCACGUCGGAAAGUUUAAGGAUCGCGGCUCUUCUUGUAUCAGGAGGGAACUACAUCAAAAAGGAUCCACAUGAUGAGGCGGCGUCAUAUUCUGCAACGGCCUACGAAUGUAAAAGAUGACGACGCUCGUUUUGUUUUUAUUCACAAUUCAACACACUGCACGCUAUUCCCUUGGGGAAGCUCCAUGGCUUUUCU